CCAAACUUAGAAAGCAGGUUUGGGCCUCAAUCGGCGCUGGCUUCGGCCAAGAAACGACCUUGUGGUUGUGAACGGCAACCAACCCGCUACGCCUCGCAUCACCAAUCACAACUCUCGAUUGCUAUGAGAGAAUACCUUUAACAUCUGAUGAGAUCGACAUUUUGAUAUAUCAGUACACGACCAGGCCUUUUGGUAACGUUCUCACCACAAGCGUUCUCUGAAUGGGUUGCCCUCCUGGAUCCCAUUACGACCAUGAUCAAUGACGCUGAGAAGCGGACGGCCAUUCUCAAGGUGGUGUCAAGACUUCUUGGAUGGAUCUAUGCAGUGCUAUAGCUUGGAGCGCGUCCUUCUAUCCUCAACCAUGGUUGAACUGGAACCGCAAGUCGACAUUGGGCCUCACCAUCGACUUCCCCUUGCUAAACGUCGUGGGCUUUCUGUGUUACAGCGUGUCUACCUGCAGCUUCAUGUAUUCACCCACCAUUCGGAGUCAAUAUGCUGCUAGACAUCCGGUGUCUCCCGAGCCCACGGUUCAGUUCAACGACGUUGCUUUCGGUGUUCAUGCCGUGGUCCUGGUGGCAUUGACUUACUCACAAUUUUUCCCGUGGCUCUGGCGAUUUAAGGUCUCACCUCGUCAGAAAGCCAGCAAGCCGGUGUUGGGCGUCGUUUGGGGUAGUAUACUCGCGGUUUUGGUCGUUACAGCGAUAGUGCUCCGUCGUUCAGGCUGGCAAUCCCAAGGACCCCAAGAUUGGGCUUGGAUCGAUGUGCUCUACACCUUGGGCUAUGUGAAACUCAUUUGUACCUUUGUCAAGUACAUUCCUCAAGUGAUACUCAAUUUCAACCGCAAGUCAACCGUAGGUUGGAGCAUUGAGCAGAUCUUGUGUGAUAUUACGGGUGGUGUCCUGUCUCUGAUCCAGCUCGUCAUUGAUGCCAGUUUCCAGGGCGACUGGAGUGGCAUUACCGGAAAUUCAUUGAAGUUGGGUCUUUCGAACAUCAGCAUUGCAUUCGAUAUCAUAUUCAUUGUCCAACACUUCAUCCUCUACCGUGGCCAGGAUGAUCUGACCAUCAAGGAGGAUGACAACCUGGAGCAGCCUCUGCUCGACCCAUGAUGGGUGCGCGGAUGCUUUCGACCCAGGACCGACCAUAGCAUCAGGCGCAUUCCCCGGAGUCAAGUUGGAAGCACGUACGUUACAAGUGGUGACCUCUGAGAUCUCAACAUCAACAUUCGAUACGAAUGAUUUCGCUAUUUCUGAUGAUC